AUGGAUUCUGACCUUCAAGAGCACUACGUGGCAUUCAUGAGCAAAUACAUCCGAUUAGGCCACAUGCGUCCAGUGUCGGAGCAGGAGAUGGAGAACUGCCCUCAGAGGGUUAACUAUAUACCUCAUCACGCCAUCUGGCAGCGCAGUGACGGCAGGCGGCGCCUUCGCGUUGUCUUCAACGCCUCGAGCCCCACCUCAACGGGAUACAGUCUGAACGACGCUCUCUAUCCAGGGCCCAAAUUACAAAAUGACAUUGUCAGUGUUAUCACUCGGUGGAGACUUUACCGAGUAGCCUUAUAUGCAGACAUCAAGAUGAUGUUCCGUCAGAUACAAAUCCAAAAGGAGGACGUGCAUUUACAACGAGUCAUCUGGAGUCAAGGUGAAAAUGAGCCGGAGACUCACUACGUCUUGCUUACAGUCACCUACGAAGAGGCUAGCGCACCUUAUUUAGCGUUGAAGACUCUAACGCAACUGUGCGAGGACGAAGAAGCUGCCUUUCCUGAAGCAGUUGACGCUGUCCACCGAAAUCUUUAUGUCGACAACUUCUUGACCGGCGCAGACGACGAGGACACGGCCAGAAAGCGCAGAGAGCAACUGGUUCAACUUCUGAAGGCGGGCGGCUUCGUACUCAAGAAGUGGGUCUCAAACACGCCAUCUCUCUUGCACGAUUUGAAAGUCGAAGAUUUGCUUCGACCAAGUUGGCUUCACUUCACCACGGAUAGUCCAGUGAAUGAGUUGGGAAUUGCUUGGGAUCCGAGUGCUGAUUGCUUUCGGGCGAAGCUAACAUGGGAUGAGCCACUGCCGGCAUCUUACGCUAAGCGAUGGGAGUCAUUUCGCUCCAAGCUGUCUGACGUCUCCCUACUCACCCUUACUCGAUGGCUUCAAUCGUCCCCGGCCAUUUCGAUCCAACUGCACGCCUUUGCCGACGCCAGCAGAAGAGCCUUGGCGACGGCGGUCUACAUCAGAGUCGAGCAGGAAUCUGGCACGGUAAAUGUGAGUCUCAUCGGCGCGAAGACAAAGCUUUCUCCGAUCAAAAGUCUCGUUCCACCGGAGCGACAGAAUACACGGAUGACUAUUCCCCGAUUAGAGCUGAGAGCUGCUCUUCUUGCUGCUCGCCUACUCAGACUCGUGGAUGCGAGCUUGACGAUCUUGGAUUGCACGUAUUACCUUUGGAGUGACUCGAGCACGGUACUCAGCUGGCUACACUCCAGCGAGCCUGUUGGGAACGAUCUUGUCAACAAUUAUGUCCAUCACAUUCAGGAACUCACAGCUCACGGUACCUGGCGCUACGUUCCCUCCAGCGACAACCCGGCUGACAUCGCUACCAGGGGUACGGAACCUUCGACUCUUCAACACAACACCCUCUGGUGGACCGGCCCGUCUUGGCUAACAGGCCCACCUUCUACGUGGCCCUCAACCUUACAGCAGCCGCCUUCUCCGACCGGUCACUGCGACGGAGGUCGACACACCAUCGCGUCAAUCACCUGCCUGACCAUCUUGCAAGGAAGCCGCGAUUUCAUGGACGACUUUUCUAAUUUGCUGCGCAUGCUCCGACUGCUCGUCAGAUGCCGACGGUUCAUCUUGAUACUAAGGACUCGUAUCGAGUGUAAGAAACUCAUGACUGGUAUCAGAAUAGCCGAUUGCAUGAAAUCCGAAGCUCCAAUCACGGUCGCAGAACUCCAGCACAGUUUUCUUUGCUGCGCUAAACUCAGUCAAAUUCGUUACUUUGCUGCCGACAUCAAGACCUUGAAAAAUUCUAUUCCUGUCAAGAUCUCGAGCCCCCUCAGCCGGCUAAGCGCCUUCUUGGACGAUGAAGGCAUACUACGAGUCGGCGGCCGUCUUCGUCACUCACCACUUGCUUAUGAAGAGAAACACCCACCAGUCCUGGAUGCCAGAUGUCCCUUGUCGAGGCUAGUGAUUGACUGGGCACAUCAGCGAGCCUUGCACGGCGGCUUUCGCUCAACGUACUCGCACGUCAUGCGACGGGCUUGGAUCGUUGGAGGAGCAGUGGAGAUAAAGCGACGAGUUCAUCAGUGCGUUGUAUGCUCGAAAGCACCAGCUCGACCCCUUCACCAAUUCAUGGCUCCCUUGCCAACAGCUCGCGUGACGCCCGCUCGGCCCUUCACCCGAACUGGAGUAGACUACGCGGGACCUUUCUCCAUCCUCCGAUCCAAGGGUCGAGGUGCCAAGUCGGUCAAGGGAUACGUCGCUGUUUUUGUCUGCAUGUGGUCAAAGGCCCUACACCUUGAACCUGUUGGAGACCUAACAACAGCGAGUUUCCUCGGUGCACUCACUCGCUUCAUAGGCCGCAGAGGAAAACCGAAGGAAAUCUGGAGCGACAACGCAACGAACUUCCACGGGGCAGAUCACGAACUCAAGCAGCUGAUGGCUGGGGCCAACGACGACUGGGAUUCAGUGGCUGAGAGUCUGGCCAACGAGGGAAUCGACUGGCAUUUCGUCCCGCCAUCCGCCCCACACUUUCGAGGCUUGUGGGAAGCUGGGGUUAAAUCGAUGAAAACUCAUCUCCGUCGAGUGGUUGGAACUAGGCACCUCACUUUCGAGGAGUUUUCAACCCUGCUUGCAGAGAUUGAAAUGAUUCUCAACUGUCGCCCUCUGGUCCCGUUAUCUGGAGAUACGGAGGACUUGGACAUGCUCACGCCAGCUCACUUUCUGAUCGGAGGACCCCUUACUUCUCUGCCUGCCACCAACACUUCUAAAAAACCUCGACUGCCUGACCCAUUAGAAUCUUGUCCCCGUCCCAAUCUCGCCGUUGGAGACGCAGUCCUCGUUGUGGAUCCAACGCUUUUGAACUCUAUCGGGAAGUGGCCACUGGGCCGAAUCGUCGACGUCAAACCGGGACCAGAUGGGUCCGUCCGCGUCGUUCGGGUAAGAACGGCCUCGGGAGAGUACGUCCGUCCUAUCACCAAGAUUGCCCGGCUUCCCGUCAUUGAGCGUGGUGAUCACGCAACAGACGAUCCUGGUUCGACCGGCACCAGGCUCACGGCGGGCGGCCAGGCUCAUAAUGGCCACAAAUGA